AUGGAUGAGCAGAGGUUGAUGAAGGUGGCAGCUCUAGCGGCUCAAGCAGGAGACAUCGAUGCCUUGUAUGCAUUGUUUCAAAACAAUCCAAAUGUAUUGCAGAGCAUUGAUCGGAUUCGAUUUGUUGAUACACCUCUACACAGCGCUGCAUCGAUUGGGCAUACACAUUUUGCAGUAGAAAUGAUUAGCUUAAUGCCAUCAUUUGGUAAGAAGCUAAAUCCAGAUGGCUUAAGCCCCUUGCAUUUGGCUUUGCAAAAUGGGCGUACCGAGACUGUGAUAAGGCUCAUAAAUAUUAACAGCGAGCUCAUCCGUGUCCAAGGGAAGGGGGGGAUUACUCCUUUGCAUUAUGUAGCUGAAAAAAAUGAAGUCCGUCUUUUGGCUGAAUUUCUAUGCGCUUGUCCAGAAUCUGUGCAAGAUUUGACAAUUCGAGGUGAGACUGCUGUGCAUAUUGCGGUGAGAAACUGUAAUUUCGAAGCUUUUGAAGUCCUUUUUAAUUGGAUUGAUAAGACCAGUAAUGAACUGGUGCUACAAUGGAAGGAUGAGGAUGGCAACACAGUGUUGCACAUUGCCGCAUACACUAACCAACCUCAGGUUGUGAAGCAAUUGCUUAAAGCUGUGGAGGUAAAGGGUGAUAAGAAUAUGCUGGGUUUGACAGCUUUUGAUUUAAUUAGUAGUGAUGAGUUAAACAGUGAGAUCAAAAAUAUGUUAGCUUCAAGAUCAUUUGCUUGGUUUUGGAAACCUAAUUCAAUUAGUGAUAAAUAUCUGGCAGACUUUAUAAGGAACAGACGAGUCUCUAAUAUCUUUAAUAUGAGAAAGAUGUCAAACAAUAUGCAACUAGUGAUAGCUACUCUUGUUGCAACAGCCACUUACCAAGUUGCGCCUUUGCAAACUCGGUUGGAGUAA